AGCUAUACUGUAAGUGUUUUUCUUAUACGGGUUUCAAAGGAGAGAAUCUGACAGCACGCCACAGUGCCUAUACGGAGCUGUCUACGGUAGAAAGCAACCUCGCUCGCGCCGUGUAUGAGAGAGAGAGAGAGAGCCCCCCAUUCAUACAUUAAACAUCGCUUGUGCAGGUUGCUGCCGGUACAUUAGGGAACAUCUGGUGCUGUGAAUUAAACCCUACGCCUGGUCGAGCUUUGUGUCCGUCUGCAACCAGUGGGAUUAACCCUUGGAUAUAAAGUAUACACGGAUUCUAUAUCCAAGAUAUCUGGUCAGCCCACAGCAGUCAUGUCAGGAGCUUUCUACCCCCUGGUCCUGGCCUCUCAGGUCGCCGUAGUCACUGUCCUGAUCCUGGCCGGCUACUGGACAGGUCAUUUCCUUGGAGGCUUUGCCUGGGAUGGAUCAGCGCAGGAGUUUAAUCUCCACCCACUGCUGAUGAUUCUUGGGCUUGUCUUCUUCUACGGAGAUGCCAUCUUGAUGUACCGAAUCUUCCGCAAGGAGAACAAGACAGUGGUGAAGAUAAUCCAUGUGUUGAUGCAGUCCUUUGCACUCAUCUGUGGAGGCAUCGCCCUAAAGGCAGUGUUCCGCUACCACAACAAUGCAGGCAUCCCUAACAUGUACACGCUUCACAGUUGGAUUGGCCUACCAACUUACAUCAUGUUCGGCUUACAGUAUAUAGGUGGUUUUGUCUCAUUUCUAUUCCCCAAGCUGAGUGAGAGGGGAAGAGCCACCAUGUUGCCCUUCCACAAGUAUUUUGGAGUCGCCCUCCUAGGGAUGGUGUGUGCCACCGCAAUAAGUGGAAUCAACAACAAGCUCUUCUUUGCUUUACCGAAUACAAGUGAUACUCCAUACAACAGCCUCCCUGCACAAGCCCAUGUUGGUAACUUCCUUGGCAUUGCCAUCAUAGUCUACUGCCUCAUUGUUGGCUUCCUGGUCACCUUUGAUGAGUUCAAGAGAGAGGAGGUCAUUAACCCAGAAAAGCUACCCCUAGCCCACGCAGAGAUGAAACAGUUCAAGACAAUGGAUCCUACAGACACAACAGGUGAUCAAGAGGUCAAAUAGACGGUUGGGCUUAUCUUCAAUAUGAGGCAAAAUUAGGAUUUGUGGUGGCAGAAGUGGGAUUACUGGUGGCAGAAGUGGGAUUUAAGGUAGCUUCAAACCAAAUAAAGUACCUCAAGUGAUAUGCAUGUACUUGGUGAGGAAUUUCCAGCAGUGUUAUGGGUUUGUCAGUUGUCCUGUUUCCGAUUGUCUGCCAUGUACACUUAUUUCCAGAAUAUGGCUGUGAAUAAUCUAGGAAUUGUACUUGUGACUAGUUUGUAGUGUAGUUCAAAUCACUAUCUAGUUUAGUCCAAUAAAUUGUAUUACAGUUCACUAAAUUGAGUAAUAACUGCUAAAUCUUAGGAGCAAGGUUCCAGAAAGUUUGAAGUUAAACAUUAUUUUAGGCUUUGUCUUGAAAGAAAGUACCAGCGAACCUAGGAAAGUUGUACUAGGAAGAAACACUUUCACUAAAGUAUUACUCUUCAAGGUGGGUAUGUACGAGGUAGGGCCUAUAGGUCAUGAGUAAAACGUCCUGUUAUAUGUUAAGUAAAUAGUCUUUCCAACAAUGUGCUAUUAUAUUUCUUUGGACUCUGAAAGAAAUGUCAUUAUGUUUCUUGCAUUUGAGCAGUAUGACUUUUAAAACACAGUCCUUUUUUAAAUAUUUAUUGCUUGGUGUGAUCCAGUUUUCUUUAGCCACAAGUGAGUUGAAUAGGUAUUGUGAUUAUUAGAAUUGGUAGUUAAUAUAACCAAACCAUGAAAUGUUACUUCAUCAAAAUUGCCACUAUUUCUACUGUAAGAUUGUGAACAUACUGAAGUUUGAAACAUUUAUUUCUUAGAACUGCUUAGCGGAACUUCUGCUUAAUUACUAUGCUUAAACAAAAUUAGAUUAGAACCAAGACAUCGCUUAAUAUGUGGACCCAAUUUCACAGAGCUGCUUAAAUAAUAUAAGCAUAGAAUAUUCCUUGAAUUUGUCUGCUGAGCAAAAAAAAAAAACAGGCCACCAGUUACAGAUUGU